AUGGCUGCACAUAUCAUGACGGGGCCCUUUUGCCCCCCGGCUCCCGAUGACAAGAUCACAAUCCCACUACUAAUGACAAAGUACAACCCCGACUCCGUGCCUGCUGAUAAAGUGGUACAUCUCGAUACCAUCGCGAACAAGAGUCUCACGUAUGGCGGUCUCCGAGAGCAAGCUGCCAGGUGCGCGUGGGGACUGCAGUACAGAAUGGGCAUGAAGGAACAGGAUAAACUGCUGGUCAUCCUUCCCAACUCGACCGAUUUUAUCAUUCUUGCGCAUGCAACGCUGUGGCUUGGAGCAAUCUUCUCACCACUCAAUACGUCCUCAUUAGCCAAAGACAUUGCCCAUGCUCUGGCACUUGUCCAGCCUAGCCAUAUUGCCAUUGAUCCAAGCAAACUUGAGGCUGUCAAUGCUGCGUUUCAGCAGCUGGGUUGGGAAGAAAGUGCACGUCCGAAAGUGUUCACGGUGCUGAGAAGAUCUGGUAAUCUCAAACUGUUUCCCGACGAUAUCGCCGGCCAGACUCCGGACCAGUCGCUUCCACCUUUCGACCUUGGAGGGAGGAGUACCAAAGACGUGACUGGCCUGAUUGUGUUUUCAUCUGGGACGACGGGAAAAAUCAAAGGCGUCCAAUUGUCACACUACAAUGUAGUCUCGAAUAUCCUCCAAACACGCAUCUCAAUGCCUUGGAUGAUGAAUCAUGCCUCACGCGAGGUUUUCUUUCCCCCAUACUGCCAUGUCUAUGGCCUUGGGGUUGUAGUGUUCAACGGCAUGUGGAUAGGCUCGUUCUCCUGCGGAAUCCCGGCCUUUGACCUGGACUUGUUCUGCCGGAAGAUGGAAGAACACCAAGCAACCUGGGCGCACAUAGUUCCGCCCGUUGCCAUCCAACUUGCGAACUCGGAUAUUGCGGCAAAGUACGAGUUGUCGUCGAUGAAGAUCAUCCUCAUCUCAGCAGCUCCGACCAAAAGAGAUCUCCAGAUGAAACUGAAGGCAAGGUUCGGGAGAGAUGUCAAGAUCGUGCAGGCAGGGUAUGGAAUGUCUGAAUGUUCUCCGACGGUGCUCGUGCAAAGUCCCCUUGAUGAUGAGAACAACAUUGGGACGGCAGGAAAGCCAGUUUGCGGGACGGAGCUUCGACUUGUCGACCCAGUGACAUUGAAAGAUGUUGCACCUGGUGAAGAAGGCGAACUUUGGGUUAGAGGGCCCCAGACAAUGAUGGGGUACUACAACAACGAACAAGCCACGCGAGAGACAUAUGUCAAUGACUGGCUGCGGACUGGCGACAUCAUGCGGGUGGAUGAGAAUGGCAACUUCUGGGUUACAGAUCGUCUCAAAGAGCUGAUAAAAUACAAGGGGUUCCAAGUGCCACCCUCGGAACUCGAAGACCUGCUCUUGAGACAUCCCUCGGUGGUGGACGCCGCCGUGACAUCUAUCUACUCGGACGAGCAGGCCACCGAACUUCCGAUUGCAUACGUGACACUUCCUGCAACCACACCGGCGUCCCAGAAGCAGGGACUGCUUGCUGAAAUCCGCAGCUGGGCUGACGGGCAAGUGGCGGGGUACAAGAAGCUGCGCGGGGGAGUGUUUGAAUUGAGCAGUCUGCCCAAGACACCAUCGGGCAAGAUCUUGAGGAGAGAGCUGCCGUGUAAAAAGGCACAGUCGGAGGGAAGAGCUGCGAAGAUUUGA